CUGCCUCUCUGUACUCCCCCACCCACUUCCUGUUUACUGUCUGGCCACAUGCCGACUGGUCAGUUCCACUGCCUGUUGAAGGACUUCCUUCUGUGUUCACACAAGGCAGCCUGCAGCCCACUGUACACAGACCGGAGCAGAUUGUCCGCUCUCUGUGAAACCGUGCAUUAGGAUUCUGCGAAACCCGUCUGCCAUGCAGCUCCUCCUGGCCUUCGUGCUUCUGUUGCAGCUUGUUCCUGCAGAAGCGCUGCAGCCUCCAGAAAUCUGUUAUGUGUUGGACGCUGUUCUCUUUGUCUAUGGAAUUGUGCUAACAGCUCUCUACUGCCGUCUUAAGCUACAGAUGCGCAAAAAGGAAACAGCCACAGGAUCGGAAUAUGAGGAAAUCCGUGGCCCUCGGAAGGACAUUUAUCAUGAAAUAAAGCCGGGGAAAAUGGAAUCUCAGAAGGAAAUGCCAAAAGAAGAAGGAAUCUACACAGGUCUGCACGGCCAGCAGAUGGAAACCUAUGAGUCCCUGCAGCCUCAGAAGUUUCAGAAGUCGUAGGGAGUCCCCUGGCCCCCCACCCUCCCGGGGCGAUCGCGGAGCGGACUCUCAGGGGGCUCCCGCCGAAUUGGCCAAACGUAUUAAUGCCAAGGCUACAGUUUCCUACACAUUCCCUCAACCCAGCUUUUCAGUUUAUGACGUUUCCACAGCUGCUGCAACAUUUCCUUCAGCGAUUGAGGCCUCGGCCUCCACAGGAACAGGCCAUUCAGCCCCUCCUUCUCCAGCCUGGCCCACAGGGACAGAAUCUCCUCAAUGUCUGCCUUGAAUAAUUUGUACUGAAAUGCCUUUCAACACGCUUUUGUGUGCCUUGUGUAUGGGGUCGGUGGAGUUGGGGGUGCGGGGAGGUAAGGGGGAAGAGGUGUGUGGAAGCGCGGAUGGUGAGGCUCACCCAGUCAAACAGCUCGGUGCUCCACAGGCUCUCUGUCUCCCUCGUUUCCUUCCCAAACGGACCCUGGGCUCUUCCUUUCGCAAUAAACUCGACUCGAGGUGCA